AAAUAUUUGUUCCAUGGGAAGCAUGUAUUUGUAGAAAACCCUAACAAGGACUCUGCAGAGGAACGAAGACGCAGAGGAACGAAGAAGAAGACCCUGAUCAAGAAAAGGUUGAAAAGAACAGAAAACUAAACGUCUACACAGAUCCAAACUCUCGUCACCCUUAGCCGAUGGUUUUCUGCUAUCAAGAUGCUUCUAUUUGCCUGUUGAAAGAAUCAGAUUUUUGGAUUUAGAGAAUUGCAGAAUUGGGUGUUAUCUGACUUUGUGGAGAGGAUUUUUUUUUGAGGAUUCAAGUUGUAAAAGACGAAGCCAAGGUCGAAGGCAUGGGAGUUAUUGCAAUUUCUGAUUUGCUGUGAUAUAAUUGUGUCUGUUUGUGCAUAUAUUACAGGACGGGAUUUAGAACAUUCUGAGCAUCACCGAGAGCCUUGCAGGGAAGGGGAGGGUUACGCCAGCAGUUUUUUGGCUUGCAAAGAAAUGGAUCCUGGUCGCUAUGGUCUCCAGCAAGGAUGGGAUAAUAACAGCGCUCUGGAAGGGUAUGGUGGAGUCCACGAGCCAAACUACCGGGUGGGUGGUUCAUAUGAUGAGAGGAGAUUUCAUGAUGAAAGAUACACCAGGGAUAAUGUCUAUGCAAGAAAUGCUUUUCACCGAGAUGUCCUAGAGAGGGAGAGCUAUCCACCACCUCCUGCUGUUGGUCUUUGGCCUCAGUCAAGAAGGCGAAGUUAUGAAGAAGAUUAUCCCCUUGAUAGGGAGUCAAGGAGACAUGAGAAAGCAUAUGUGGACUCAUACCAUGCGAUGGAUACUUUUCGAGAUCGUGAUAUCGAUUCAUACACGGAACUUGAUAAGUUCCGUGAUGGCUAUCGCAACGUGGAAAACUAUCGUGAUCAUGGGUUUGAUAGGGGUGCCAGGUUUGGAGCACGUGAUCGAGAUGAUCAUGCAUAUGAUGAUUAUGAUUACAGGCCCCGCAAUUCCAGCCAAAAUAGGGAGGACAGCCGUGAGAGGGAUUAUGAAUAUGGUCGACAUAGUUAUGAUUCAGACUAUGAGAGAGGCAAUAAAAGAGAGGGAAAUUGGAGGCGGCGCGAUUCCCGUGAUCGAGAACGUGAUAAGAGAGGUUUGAGUCGAGAAAGAGAUCAGAGUCCGCAUAAAAGGCAUGAACGAUCUCACUCUCGUGGACGUGAUGACCGUCCUAGAUCAAGGUCCCCUCGAGGUCGAAGUCAUGGUCGAAGUCAACGAGAGGACAGUUAUGAGGAUGGUCAACAUGAGAGGACUGAAAGGCGGAGAGACCGUGAGGAGAAGCGGCAUCGAGGGAAUUACACAGUGGCCCCAUCUGCAACUGUUGUUGUGAAAGGUCUAUCACAGAAGACAACUGAGGAAGACUUGUAUCAGAUACUUGCUGAAUGGGGACCUCUCCGCCAUGUGCGUGUGAUCAAAGAGCGGAAUUCUGGCAUUUCUCGUGGAUUUGCUUUUAUUGAUUUUCCAUCUGUGGAUGCAGCUUGUGCUAUGAUGGAUAGGAUUGGGGAUGAUGGUUUUGUUGUGGAUGGCAGGAAAUUGUUCUUUGAGUAUAGUAGUAAGCCAACUGGGGGGGCAGGAGGACAAUUUGGUCAAGAAAGUGCUGUGAAAUCAGGCCAUAACAACCACAGAAGCAUCAUGGUACCAUCUGAUUGGAUGUGCACCAUAUGUGGUUGUGUCAAUUUUGCAAGGCGAACAUCCUGUUUUCAGUGUAAUGAGCCAAGAACUGAAGAUGCACCAGCAGCAGAUAUAGCUUUAUCAAAUCCAGCUUCUUUGGGAAGGAAAGGAUUCGAGGCAGGUCCUACUCAUGUAUUGGUGGUUCGUGGAUUGGAUGAAAAUGCUGAUGAGGAGAUGCUUCGUUAUGAGUUUUCUAAACAUGCUCCAAUCAAGGAUCUCCGUCUUGUUCGGGACAAGUUUACUCAUGUUUCUAGAGGAUUUGCAUUUGUACAUUUCCAUUCAGUUGAGGAUGCUACUAAAGCUCUUGAAGCCACUAAUGGAACAACGCUUGAGAAGAAUGGACAGAUUUUAAGAGUAGCAUAUGCAAAAAGCAUUCUUGGUCCGGGAUCUGGGGCAUCGGGCCAUUCUCAGUCAAGCAGCCUAGCGGCUGCUGCAAUUGAGGCGGCAGCAUUUGCUCAACAGUACGAUGCUGUUGGAUGGGCACCAAAGGAGUACAAUCCAGAUGACAAAUCUGCCAGUGCGCCAGAGCAGAAUGGUGGGGAGGCUACAGUUCAGAAGGAUGGUUCGGCUCCACAAUCUGGCUUUGUAUGGGAUGAAGCAUCUGGUUAUUACUAUGAUGCUGCUUCUGGCUUCUACUAUGAUGGAAAUACAGGUCUUUAUUAUGAUGGUAAUGCUGGGAUCUGGUAUUCAUAUGACCACCACACCCAGCAGUAUAUUCCUUGCACAGAUCAGAAUGACAAUAAGACAUCUGAUAAACAAUCUGAGCAUUCCAAGCCAUCAGAUACUAACAAUAGAAAAGUAAUCAUCUCAGCACCAGCUGCCACCAUUACAGCUACUGAGAAGGCUGCUUCAUUACAUGAUGCAGUCCAGGCUGCUGCUACAGCAGCAUUAGCUGCGGAGAAGAAAGAAAAGGAGAAGUCUAAAGAGAUAAAGCUUGCUUCAAAAAGCAGUAUUUUGGCUAGCAAGAAGAAAAUGAACAAUGUAUUGACAAUGUGGAAGCAGAGGAGUAAUGAAGGGCAAGCAACUCGUGUUACUGUUGAUGACAAUCAGCCAUCUGGUUCUGCUGAUGAGAGGUCGUUUUCUGUUGGACAAUCCAUGAAGAGCAAGUUCAAAACUGAUACGAUCACUGCGAAGGAAAGUGCUGUGUCUACUUCAGGAAUUAUCACAAGCACUGCGGUUGCCCAGGCUGGUUUGGAGUCUCCAGUCAAGCCAAGACCUGUAAGUAAUAGCUCUGGGGGGGCUCUUAUGGGGGUCAUAAGGGGCUCUGGUCGAGGUGUUAUGAAGUCGGAUGCUUCAUAUUCAGGAUCAUCCACUAUAGUUUCUACCUCCACUGCUGUCGGUGGUACAUCAAUAAAUGCAGAUGCAUCUGCAAUUGCAACUCCUUUCAGAACAGAUGCAUCAGCAUUGGGUUCUUAUGCACCACCUGCAUCUACUGGGAGUGGCAAGAGGAGGUUUUCUGAGAUGCCACUCUCUUCUGCUUCUGCUCAGAAGGAGCAAUCUCAGACUACCUAUAGGGAUCGUGCAGCUGAAAGGAGGAGUUUGUAUGGUUCAUCGUCUUCGAUGGGAGAUCUGCCCGGUUAUGGUUUUGGGGAUUCAAAUCGGGAUUUGCCAUUCAAAAAGGGUUCUUCGGAUUCAAUGCCUUUCCCUCCUGGUGUUGGUGGAGGGCGUGGGGUUGGAGAUGCCAACAUCAAUGCUCAGAGUUAUGAGGUGAUUACAGCAGACAAAGCAAUUGAUGAGAGCAAUGUGGGCAAUAGAAUGCUCCGAAAUAUGGGCUGGCAAGAAGGCUUGGGCUUGGGGAAGGAUGGAAGUGGAAUGAUAGAACCAGUCCAAGCACAAGCCACAGAACAUCGAGCAGGACUUGGGAGUCAACAGAAGAAAUUGGAUCCUAGCCUUGAGGUGCAGGCCGGGGAUAGUUACAAAACUCUCAUUCAUAAGAAGGCUCUUGCUAGGUUCCGGGAGAUGUCUGAUACCUCUUAAAUACAUGACGAAUGAGAUUAUUCAGCUUGGUAUGAUGAGGUAGAAAUUAUGGCAUUGUGCAUAAAGGAAUGCAUUUUAGGCAAUUCAGUACCCAUUUAUAUUGUAAUUGAAUAUCUUUCUUUAAGAACUAGUCCCUGUAGAAUUGUAAAAAUUCAUAUUCUUAGAAAGUUUGGGAAUUUUGGUAAAAUCA